GCGCAAUCCGAUAAGCUUGCUUCGACUUGUUAUUCCGGCAUCACGAUACCACAAAACAACAAAAGAACGGACUUCUGAACCAGCUGGGCCCCGCGCAUUCGCCCGAUGGUUGGCGCUGCAGCACAAUGAGCUACUACUUUGCCAUUGUCGGCACCCAGGACAAUCCCCUGUUCGAGUAUGAGUUCGGCACUUCCAAGCAGGGCGGCGACGGCCAGUCUCGCUUCACCGAACAAGUGCGACACUUGAACCAGUUCAUUCUUCACUCGAGCCUGGACAUUGCCGAGGAGGUGCAGUGGUCGAGCGGUCAGAUGUACCUCAAAUGCAUCGACAAGUUCUUCAACAACUACAUCUCCUGCUUCGUUACCGGCGGCAACGUCAAGUUCCUGCUGCUGCACCAACCCACCACCCCGACCUCGACGGCAACAUCUAGAUCGUCGACCGCUAUUGGCGCCAACCCGACGAGUCCGGCCACCGAAGAGGCAAUCAAGAUGUUCUUCACGGAAGUGUACGACAACUGGGUCAAGGCCAUCAUGAAUCCGUUUUACAAGGCAAACAUGGAGGUUCGGAGUCCCAUCUUUAGAGCAAGGGUAGCAGCUGCUGGACGGAAAUACCUAUAGAUUUCAAAGUUACACGUAAAGAAUGAAUGGAAAUUAUAAUGAUCAUGCCAAACAUCGCAACUGCACGC